AGAAAAAAAAGGAAAAGACAUGCAUCCAAGUUUGAAAUCUGAACGCUGCGUAAUGCGUUAGACAUGGGUGGAUCAAACAAAAUAAAAUAAUUUUUUACAUAUUUGUUAAUAGUACAAUUCAACAGAAACAUGUAUUUGUUUAUUUUGAUUUAGCUUCUUUCACAAUCAUUCUCUCCCUCCCCUUUGUUCUUCCGUAACAAGAAAAGCAAUUCCCCAAUUGGUGUAUUGAUCAAUCCACAUUGUAUCACAAUGGCGAAAAAGCUCGGUUUCAUUGUUAUGCUAUCAAUGUAUCUCCUCCUAACUGUCGAAUUUGCGCGCGCUCAGGAGGAUUCUCCGUCACCAGCUGUCUCGCCGGGACAUGAAUCUUUAAAGGAUUCUUCUCCUUUGCCACCAGCUUCAUCACCGGAAGCAGAUUCUCCUCUGCCACCGUCUUUUUCACCAGAAGCAGAUUCCCCUCAGCCACCGGUUCCAUCACCUGAAUCCUUCGCAGAUUCUCCAUCACCUUCACCGCCACCUCCUCCGCCGGAAUCUCCCUCGGCUCCGUCACCAUCUCCUGGACAAGCACCCGCUCCUGCUCCAUCUGACGACGAUGACAACGAUGAUGAUUCUGACCCGGAAACAGAGUAUGCUCCUUCUCCAGCACCGGAGAUGUCAAAUGACAUCAAAGCAAGCGACGAGGGCGGCGAUGAAUUCGAGGACACAAAUGGUGAAGAUAGCGGAAUGAGUGGAUUGAAGAAAGCCGGAAUCGCCAUUGGAACAAUAUUGGGAGUAGGAGCGAUUGUUAUCGGCGCUCUUGUUUACAAGAAACGAAGAGAUAACAUGACCAGAGCUCGUUACACUUACUUUACGGAAGGAGAGUUCCUUUAAAGAGCCAUUUUAUUUUUUGGAUUUAUAAAACUUGUUUCACUUCUCAAAAAUGGAAAACAUAUAUAAUCCUUAAACUGUGUUUAUGUAAAACAAAAAAUAGCUGUUGCUUGUU